CAGAUUUUUAUGAAUAGCGCGUUGAUCAAACUGAGGGCAUUCAUGAAAACAACUUCUCUGGAGUAGCUGAAGAUCACGGUAGUGGAGAAACCUAUGUAUAGGCACAUCAGCUAAAAAUGACAUCAUUAGUCCAACCUUACGUGGACCAGGAGAAUAUAAUUGGAACUAACAGUAGUAGAAAAGGACAGACUACAACUGGCUCAAGACAAGGUGGAAAAAUUUUCCAAGGAUGCAAUGAGCAGAGAACAGUACAGAAGGGAGGACCAAGAAAAGCAUUGGGUAUUCUCAACACUGGAAAUCAAAACAUUGAACGUGUUACUGGUAAACAGGAUACCUUCAUCAAGAAACAGCCAAGCAGGGAUUUGUCAAAAAAGAACAAAGAACAGCCGAAGACAGAGGGUGCAUCAUUAAAGAAAACAUUAAAACAGCGAAAAGAAGCAGUUUUACCCAAGUGCAAUCAACAGGUCUCCAUUAGCACAUUGCCAGUAUCAGUAUGCAAGGCAGCCUCCUGGUGGGAUGAUGAACCAGAAACUAUGCACAUUUAUCAAGACCCAGAAGAUGAUUUUGAAGACAUAUUCCCAUCAGAAGAAAGACCAAGCAGCUACAUAAGUCAGAUUAAGAAGUGGAGACCUUCUAUGUUGUUUUCCUUGUGUGGUAGAAAGUCUGGGGAAAUUGAUCCUCCCUCAGACUUGGAGGAUAAUGGGAUCAUUGCAGAUAUCAUGUCAAUAAGUGAAGGCGUCUGCCUUGAAGAGGAGGAGAUUGUUCAGCUGGAAUAUGUCCCAUUACCAGAUAUAGACAGUCUUUAUCUGAACACUUCCAGUCCUUGAUACACAUGAAGCCUGUCAUGAAGAAAUAUAACCAUCUGUGUUAACUAAAUUUGAUGCAAAGUAUUUUUUGUUCAGAUCCCCAUAAAACCAUAGGGAUCGAAGAAAGGGGAACUCUAUCAGAGACAAACUGGUUAUAAAUACCAACUUUACAGAUUAUCUGAAUGAAGAAACAAAAUUUAUAUGCAGUGUACUCUUGACCAGAACUUUACAAUGAAUGAUAGUUUUGAUCUUUAAGUCAAAAGCUUGUCACCCUUUAUAUAUAUAUAUAUGUUAAUGGGGCCAUCCAGAAUAGAUGAUCCGAGUACUAACUGAUCUGCCGGCAAAA